AUUGGUCACACACUAUUGGGCGUUUAUUGAAAAAUUACAAGUUUUCGUUAAAAUGGCACAUGCGAAGACAUCGCAGCCAAAAUUCCUGCCCCGUGUCGAAAACACUGUAGCGAAUGCAAACACUUACGUUUCCACAGCCGGUGGAAAUCCUUUCGAGACAGAAGAUGAAGAAAUUUUCAGUAAGCGAAAGAUGACACUCAAUAUACCAAGUAACUGCACUGGAAGCUUGACAAACUUGACCGUCUCCAAGAAUUGGCUGUUCUGUCUGCUGUCUGCAGAGGGCCGAUUGACUUUGCUGCGUUUCUUUCUACCCCGUGCAAUACCACCAGGCCAAACUGGAUUGGAAAAAUAUUUAACUGGAUAUAAGAUAACAAACAUAUUUCUGGAUAGUACUGGCCAUCACCUAAUUAUUUCACUGGUGCCAAAAUCUCAGGGUUUCUCAUCCGACUUUUUGUACAUACACAGCACAGAGACAACCAAAGCACAACAAUUGAAAGUGCGUCGAAUCGAGAAGUUGAAGGACCACGAAAUUACAGCAGUGGCUUUUAAUAUGUACCAUGGCAAUGAAUCAACAACGGGCUCUAUACUCCUAGGCACUAGUCGUGGCCUCAUCUUUGAGACGGAGCUGGGACCAGCCAGCGAUACGCAACGCAAACAGCUUUACGAUCUGGGACUGGGUCUUAGCAAAUAUCCAAUUAAUGGGCUGGAGGUGCUAUGUAUGCCCAAUAGUAAUCGUUGGAUAGUCGUAGCCACAACACCCGAUUGUAUUUACACAUUCCAGGAAACGCUCAAGCCAGAGGAGCGGUCCUUGCAGCCUAUAUUUGCGAGUUAUGUAAAUGGUGAGCGGGAGCCGCACUGUGAGAAGCACAAAACAGAUUUGGGUUACUCAGUGCUACGAUUCUUUGCCCCGCCCAAAAGUAAAUACCCAAAACAAUGGGCAUGGCUUUGCGGCUCAGGUCUACGCAUCGGAGAGCUUUCAAUAGAUGCAAACGGAAGUAAUGCGCUAUUGGGUGACACAUUGAUUCAGUUAGACUUUGAGAAGAGCAAACAUAUGUCUUAUGAUGAGCGACGUAUUAAUGUACCCAAGUCUUUUGUUCUGACUGAAUACCAUGCCGUUUUCCUUUACUCGGACUACCUAAAAGCCAUAUGCCUGCUUAACCAGGAACUGGUCUACCAUGAGACAUUUGAUGAGGCCAGAGUGGGGAAACUUUUGAAUAUGGAACGGGAUGCCGUGACCGGUGCCAUUUAUGUUUACACGGACAAAAUUGUGUUCACGCUUCGCGUAAUCCAUGAGGAACGAAACAUAUGGCGUAUAUAUUUAAAUCGGGGUCAAUACGAGCUAGCUACAGCACAUGCAGCUGAAGUCCCCGAGAAUCUGCAAUUAGUAUUGGAGCAACGUGCCGAAGCUGCUUUCAAUGAGGGCUCCUAUGAAGUGGCAGCAAAUUACUAUGCCGAAACAAACGAGGCAUUCGAAACGGUAUGCCUUAAAUUCAUGGUAUUGUCCGAUAAGCGACCCAUAGUUAAUUACGUUAAGAAGCGACUCAACAAGCUAACCAUGAGUGUGGAGUCUAACCAAACUGAUGCUCUGAAAGCUUUAGUUAUUUGGUUGAUUGAUCUAUAUCUUACACAAAUCAACUUACCUGGCAAGGACGCAGCUUGGCGGGUGGAGUGGCAAACAGAGUACGAUGAAUUUAUGCGUGAAUCAACUGUUUUGGCUAUUACAAGAAAUCAUCGCACAGCGGUCCGACAAUUGAUUAACGAGCAUGCAGAUCCGCAUAAUUUGGCACAGUUUGCAAUCUCUAUAGAUGAUUACGAGGAGGUGAUCGGGCAACAGUUGAAGGCAGACCGGCAUGCCGAGGCGCUACAAACGUUGUGCAAGCAACGCGAUCUGACACUCUACUACAAAUAUGCCCCUCAGCUUAUGGAAAAGCUGCCAAAGCAAACGAUCGAUGCCUUGAUGGCCCUAGGUGCCAAACUGGAGAUCGAGAAAGUUGUGCCCACCCUUGUGGUAAUUGAUACGAAAGAGCACCGCGACCAGGUGAUACGCUACCUCGAGUUUGCCGUUUACACACUAAAUACUUUGAACGAAGCUAUACACAACUACCUUCUGCACCUUUACGCGCAAUACGAUCCGAAGUUGUUGAUGAAAUAUCUUGAGAUUCAGGGACGUGAUGAGUCGUUAGUGCAUUACGAUAUUCACUUUGCAUUGAAAGUGUGCACCGAGCUGGAUGUAAAGGUGGCCUGUGUGUUCCUUCAGUGCAUGCUCUGCAUGUGGACAACUGCUGUCGACCUGGCUCUGGAAUUUGAUAUGAAAUUAGCCAAAGAGACAGCGUCCAAGCCACAGGAUAGCGAGACAAGGCGCAAAUUGUGGCUGCGAAUUGCCUACCAUGACAUUAAGGGCACAAACGAUGUGAAGAAGGCAUUAAGCUUAUUAAAGCAGUGCGACUUACUACGAAUUGAGGAUCUGCUGCCCUUUUUCUCGGACUUUGAGAAGAUUGAUAACUUUAAAGAGGCUAUUUGUGAUGCUCUAAAAGACUAUAACCAACGUAUACAAGAACUGCAGCGAGAAAUGGCUGAUUCAAAGGAGCAGUCAGAUCGCGUCUGCAAGGAGCUGCGUAAAUUGAAAACACACAGCAUUCGGAUGGAGGCGCAGGACGCAUGCGAUAUAUGUGAUCUCAUUUUGCUAGUUAAGCCGUUCUUUGUGUACAUUUGUGGGCAUAAGUUCCACAGCGACUGCUUGGAAAAGCAGGUGAUGCCAAUGAUUAGCAAGGAUCGCAGUCGCCGGCUUACGUUGCUUAAACAGCAGCUAGAAACGUUAAUGGCGCAAACAAUCGGCUCGUCAAAUCACACAGCCGAGCAACUAAAGAAACGCGCUGAUCUCAAAAUGGAAAUCGAAGAGAUUCUUGCUGCCGAUUGUCUAUAUUGUGGCCUACUUAUCGAUACCAUAGACCAGCCCUUCGUCGACGAUUGGGAUCAGGUCAACGUCGAGUGGGAAUAACAGACACAUCUAAGUUAUUAACAUCGUCCACAUGUACAUAUAGUAUAUAGGGCGCAUAUUUUGUUAUCAAUAAAGUAUAUUAUGU